GAAUCAUACACAGAAAUGGAAUCUCCGAUAGCCCUGGUUGUAAAUUCACCCGAUGGGAGCCUGUCAGUGCAUCAACCUGCUGUGGAUUUGUUAAAGACCAUUGAUCAGGCUUUGGUAGUUGUUGCUAUAAUCGGGAAAUAUCGGACAGGAAAAUCAUAUCUGCUGAACCGCCUUGCUGGAAAACAGAAAGGGUUUGAAAUUGGAGGCAGCGUCCAGACAGAGACGAAGGGAAUCUGGAUGUGGGCCCUCCCACAUCCACAGAUGGAAGAUUGCUGUCUGCUACUGUUGGACACUGAAGGUCUUGGAGAUGUGGAAAAGGGAAAUGAAAGCAAUGAUAACAAGAUUUUCACACUUGCGUUUCUGCUGAGCAGCAUGUUCGUGUAUAACAGCAAAGGUGCAAUCGACCAACAGGCUCUACAGGACAUCAAUUAUGUGACAGAAUUGACCAAAAUCAUCCGAUCUAAAUCUGGGGAGAAAGAUGACCAUGGAGAAGAAUUCAGGCAAUACUUUCCUGGCUUUGUGUGGGUCGUACGGGACUUUUCUCUGGAGCUGAAAAUUAACAAGAAAGAAGUAACAGCAGAUGAAUAUUUGGAAAAUGCCCUUAAGCUGAAAGAAGGUGAAGGUCCGGAUAUCGAGAACUUUAACUUGCCACGACAAUGCAUCAGAUAUUACUUUCCUUCCAGGAAUUGCUUUGUGUUUGACACACCUGGAAAUAAACGUGUGCUUCGGAAUAUCGAAACAGUCGAUGACAAAGAGCUGGAAGAAGAUUUUGUUCAAAUGAGUAACGUGUUCCGUGAAUUUAUUUACACAAGGGCAAUGAAGAAAACUGUUUCUGGUUUUGGGAGCAAAGUGGUCACUGGAACAGAGUUUGCACAACUGUUGACCGCAUACAUUGACCUGUUCAGGCGAGGAGAGCUUGCAUGUCUUGACCAAGUUGUUCAGUCAUUGACAGAUACAGAGAAUGAAAAAGCAGUGAAGGAAGCUGAGGAACUGUAUGAAGAGCUGAUGGAAAAACUGGUCACUCUCCCAACGGAAACUGCUGAAGAACUGACUGACUUUCAAUGGACAAGUGAAGUUCUUCAAGAAUUUCAAGAUGAGAGAAUGAGUGAACCUGAAAACAUUCGUCUGAUGGAGCAGAACCUUAUGGAUAUUUACAGGGAAAUGGAAGUGGCCUCUCUUCACGUUGAGAAGAACAUUCGGAAAUUUAAUACCUUACGAAUAAUGUAUAAAUGCACGAUUCUGGGAGGCAGUAAUGCAGCGUUUGGAAUCAUUUGUUCCAAGACAGUUCUGGGGCUUCAGUAUCUUCUGCCUGAAAACCGAUCUGCUUGUUUAAUGAGGAAAUAUCAGUGGCCUAACAGCAACUAA